GGUGCCCUGCGCUGCCUCCCGGCAUUAAAACCUCCCCGUUCUCCCUCUGCCCGCUGCCAGCUUUGUUUGCAGGCGCUGUGUUUUGCAGCCCCGCACUCAGCAGGUGUGCAGGCAGCUCUGCAGCUCACGGCUCGCUGUGGCACUGGGAGCGCUGCCUUGCGUGCCUGCAGUUCCUUACAGCUCAGCUCUCCUCUUUUGCAGGGCAACCGGGAGGAGGCUGAUAACCCCAACACCGGCAUCGGCGCCUUCCGCUUCAUGCUGGAGUCCAACAAGGGGAAAUCCAUGCUGGAGUUCCAGGUACGGCUGGCGGUUGGGCUGUGCCUUCACCAUAAGAGUGGGAGCCGCGCAUCCCCUGACCCCCCGUCCCCCCACCAGGAGGUCCUGGCUCAUUACUCCCACCGCGCUCUGGACGACGACAUCCGCCAGCAGAUGGCCAUGGACUGGGUGAGCAGGGAGCAGAGCAGCCCGGGGGCCCUGUCCCGUGAGCUGGCCUCCACCGAGAGGGAGCUGGACGAGGCUCGCCUGGCGGGGAAGGAGCUGCGCUUCCACAAGGAGCGGAAGGACAUCCUGAUGCUGGCGGCCGGGCAGCUGGGCGGCCUGCACUCCUCGGGCUGCUGAGCUCCACGCCAGCCCUCCUCCCGGCGCCACGCGGGGCGCUGCUGCUCUCACUCCUCUGCCGGGGGCCCUUUUGCACAUUUGAAACGUUGCUUUCCCUCUUUCGGUUCUCUUUGUAAAGAAGCCAAAGGCUCCUGUACAGAUC